AUGUCAGCCAAACGCAUCCAAAAGGAACUCGGCGAGUGCAUGCAAUCCCCCCCCGCCGGCAUGUCCGUCGCCCUCGGCGCCGACGCCGACAUCCACCGCUGGCACGUAACCAUAACAGGGCCCUCCACCUCUCCCUACGCUGGCGGCACCUUCGGCAUGCUCCUCGACCUCCCCACCGACUACCCCUUCAAGCCGCCCGUGGCCAAGUUCACCACGCGCAUCUACCACCCUAACAUCACCAACGACAGCCUCGGCAACAUCUGCCUGGCCAUCCUGAAGCCCGAUGCGUGGAAGCCGUCGACGAGGCUGUCGGCGGUGCUGGAGGCCGUGAGGAACUUGCUUGCUGAGCCGCAGCCUGAUGAUCCUUUGGAGGCUAGGAUCGCCGACGAGUAUAGGAAGGGGAGGGGAAUGAUGGGCGGCAUUGGUAUGGACCUGGAGAUGGGGGUGGAGAUGGAAAUGGAGUUAAAUCCCCCUGCGCCCCCGUACGUCCCGAAUCCUUACGGCUCGGGCCAGAACCAGUUCCCACCUAGAGCAACUAUGCAGCCGGGCGACCAUCGUCCGGUGAUUGCUCCGUACAGCCCCAUCUGUAAUCCCCCGUCUUGGAACGCUCAAAUUUCUGGAGUCGGCCCACUCGCAUCUGGUCCGGUUGUCGACCCUCGUGUCCAACCUCUUCAUCAUGUCGGGCCCGGUCCGCCUGUCCCUAACCCGCCCACCGUGUCUCAUGACUUGCCUCCGUGCGCUUUCAGACCACACGCGCCCGCAUACGGUUCAGGUUCCGGUCCCGUCCCGUAUCCCCAGGCUUGGAGCCACGGCGGCGGCGGUCCAUCCUUUCCUAACCUGCCCACCGUGUCGCAUGGCUGGCCCCCGACCAGCAAUGCCCACCCACUCGGGGUUAAUCCUGUACGCCACGGCCGACCUGGCCCUGUUCCCUCCAUGCCGUCCCAAGCACCCAAUUUUACCGGCCCGAACCCACCCAUUUCCAACCCUGUCAUGUUGUCCAACAUACCGCUUCGGCCUCAACCAGCGAGCAUUCCACCGCAGGUGCCUCCCCCACUACCAACGAAUAACCCUCAGCCGAUGGGAUAUCCCUAUACUAUUCAACCCACCCCGGCCGGGCUGGCGUUUGAUGGUGCGAGGAGCCGCAGCGACCCGAGCCUCCAGAACCUAUCUAAUAAUUUCUCUGCUCCUCAGCCCUUUGAUGAGCGCCCUGAUGUGCCGCGGUCGCCCAAUCUCCCGAAACUCGAAAUGAUCCCUAUACGAUACUUACAGCAACUUGGAUUACUCCCAGAACCCUGGCCGGCGAAUGGGGACGGGGAUGCGGCAAAAGAACUCGCGAAAGCGCUCAUCCUGGCGCAUGAGCAUGAGGUCAGAGAGGCGGAGAUUGCCGCAUAUCUUGUGAGGAAGAAGGCGGAAACGGCUCUUUCUUCGAUGAGAAUUGAACCGGAGAAAAGAACGGGAGCUACGGACAUCGGAAUGUUGCCUGAGCCUUCUUACGAUGCCAUGGAUUUGGAUUGGGGUGGGGAUGGGACGGGCGGAAGGGAAUCGGCGGGUCGGAAGCGCAAGCGGACACAGGAGAUGGAUGAGAUUUGUCAGGAGUCUCAGGAAGACGGGAGGAAACGACGGCGGGGAAGGGGGUGA